AAGUCCUCUUCCUACCCAACCUUGACUUUCCUUCCUUCAUAAACUCUCCUUCCCCCUUCAUUUUACUCAUCACUUUCUCUCUCAUCCUCCAUCUCUCUUCAACAAUGGCGAUUAGGGUUUUCUUCCUCGCUUUACUCCUACUCGCAUCUCCCUUUCUUCAAGUUGCAAAGUGUCAAUCGGAGUCGACAACAGACGAAACUGUUGCGGAUUCUUACACAGAAGAAAACAGUGAUCUUGGAAUUGUUAAUGAUGAUACCCCUAUUUAUGGGGAUGAGAGCUUAAGUUCGGCACCUGGGGUUGAGACAGUUUGUGUUUUCCCUAAAAAUAGUGGUAAAGUUGUACUAGCUGGGGAAGAGACGGAGGUGCUUAUUGGGAUCAAAUAUGAAGGGGAGGCAAGUAUUAAUGUCGUUGCAAUUCAGGCUAGCGUACAUCUCCCAUUUGAUCAUCGUAUGCUCGUCCAGAAUCUUACUGCACAGGUAUUUAACAAUGCCACAGUUCCUCCAUCUGCUCAAGCCACUUUCCCCUACAUAUUUGCUGUCAGCAAAUACUUGCAGCCUGGGACUUUUGAUCUUGUUGGCUCUAUCGUCUAUGAGGUUGACAAGACUCCAUUCCAGAGUACUUUCUACAAUGGCACCAUUGAAGUUCUUGAGGCUAGUGGCUCCUUGACCAUUGAGACCGUUUUCCUGGUUACACUUGCAAUUGCCCUUCUUGCUGCUCUUGGUUUAUGGAUACGUGGUCAAUUACAACGCUUUUCAAAGAAAUCUAAGAGGACACCUAAGGUGGAAGUCGGAACUCGUUCAACUGACGCGUCAUUAGAUGAAUGGCUCCAGGGUACCGCAUACACCCAAUCACAGGCCAACAAAAAUAAGAAGAAGAAGUGAAGUAGUCUGGCGUGGGUACAGAACUGUUAUUUAUCAUAGACUCAUGUAACUCAAACUCGGCAAUUUUUUUUUGUUAGAGCGGAGGAGACUACUUUUCUAGUGUAGAAUGUGCAAGGUAAGAACUGUGUUUUUACUUGGGAGUUUAGGUGAUAAUGAAAUUUUCUUUAACUCUCCCAUCAUUUACUUGUCAUACAAAUCUUAACACUUUUGAAACAGGAUGGAAUUUUAUUUUUUUUCCAAAUAGCAUUUAGAUUGUCAUAAUUUAGUUGUUAAUGCUAAUUUCUCGUGAAAAAGAUUAGUGCUAUGAUUAUUUUUUUUGGCUUA